AGCUGGCGGAAGCCGCAGGGGGGUCCUGGCGACGACCGCCGCCGCAGUGUUCUUGUUGCUGGUGCUGUGCGGCUGCGGCGCGCCGGCGGCAAUGGCAGCGGCCGCCGGAGGAGGAGGAGGGGAGCAGUACCUGUACAAGGACCCGAGGCAGCCGCUGAACCGGCGGAUCGACGACCUGCUGCGCCGGAUGACGCUCGCCGAGAAGAUCGGCCAGAUGUCGCAGAUCGAGCGCGAGAACGCCACCGCCGACGUCGUCCGGGACUACUUCGUAGGGAGCGUGCUCAGCGGCGGAGGCAGCGUGCCGGCGCCGCAGGCUCCGCCGGAGGCAUGGGUCAAGAUGGUCAACGAGAUGCAGCGGGCAGCCAUGUCCACGCGCCUAGGGAUCCCCAUGCUCUACGGCAUCGACGCCGUCCACGGCCACGGCAACGUCUACAAGGCCACCGUCUUCCCGCACAACGUCGGCCUUGGCUGCACCAGAGACCCAGAGCUAGUAAAGAAGAUUGGAGCAGCAACUGCACUGGAGGUCAGGGCCACCGGCAUCCCCUACGUGUUUGCUCCAUGCGUUGCGGUCUGCAGGGACCCAAGGUGGGGCCGGUGCUACGAGAGCUUCAGCGAGGACCCCAAGGUGGUGCAGCAGAUGACGUCCGUCAUCUCCGGGCUGCAGGGCGAGAUCCCGGCGAGCGGCCUCCGGGGCGCUCCCUUCGUCGCCGGGCAGCGCAACGUGGCGGCGUGCUCCAAGCACUACGUCGGCGACGGCGGCACGGCCAGCGGCAUCAACGAGAACGACACGGUGGCCACCUUCCACGAGCUGCUCGGCACCCACAUGCCGCCCUACUACAGCGCCGUCAUCCGGGGCGUCUCCACCGUGAUGGUCUCGUUCUCGAGCUGGAACGGGGUCAAGAUGCACGCCAACCACUUCCUCGUCACCGACUUCCUCAAGACCAGGCUCCGAUUCAGGGGUUUUGUAAUCUCGGAUUGGCGAGGACUCGAUAAGAUGACGAGCCCUGAACAUGCGGACUACAUCACGUCCGUCAAGCUGGGGAUCCUCGCCGGCAUUGACAUGGUCAUGAUCCCCUACACCUACACCGAGUUCAUCGACGACCUGACGACGCUGGUGCGGAACGGCACGAUCCCGAUGAGCCGGAUCGACGACGCCGUCCGCCGGAUCCUCCGGGUCAAGUUCACCAUGGGCCUCUUCGAGAACCCCUACGGCGACCCCAGCCUCUCCGCCGAGCUGGGCAAGCCGGAGCACCGGGAGCUGGCGCGGGAGGCCGUGCGCAGGUCCCUCGUCCUGCUCAAGAACGGCAAGGACGGCGAGCAGCCGCUGCUGCCGCUGCCCAAGAAGGCCGGCAGCAUCCUGGUCGCCGGCAGCCACGCCGACAACCUCGGCUACCAGUGCGGCGGCUGGACCAUCACCUGGCAGGGCCAAGGCGGGAACAACCUCACCGCCGGGAUCACGAUCCUCGACGGCAUCAGGCGCGCCGUGGACCGCGGCACGGAGGUGGUCUACUCCGAGAACCCCGACGCCGGCUUCGUCCGGCGGAACGCGGGCCGGUUCGACUACGCCGUCGUCGUCGUCGGCGAGCCGCCGUACGCCGAGUCGUUCGGCGACAACCUCAACCUGACCGUCCCGGCGCCCGGGCCCAGCGUGAUCCGGAACGUGUGCGGCGGCGGCAUCAGGUGCGCCGUGGUCCUCGUGUCCGGGCGGCCGCUGGCGGUGGAGCCGUUCGUGGGCGCCGUGGACGCGCUAGUGGCGGCGUGGCUGCCGGGGACGGAGGGGCAGGGCGUCAGCGACGUGCUGUUCGGCGACUACGAGUUCACCGGGAAGCUGGCGAGGACGUGGUUCCGGUCGGUGGAGCAGCUGCCGAUGAACGUUGGCGACGCGCAGUACGAUCCCCUGUUCCCGUUCGGGUUCGGGCUCGAGACACAACCGUCAACAGCUUGACUAGGUGGGAUCAUUUGUACUUCCAUAAACCCUUUUUUUCAUCUGGAUCUUGGUUGGUAAACUCUCAUAAGCCGAACACUUCCACCUGGAUGGAGCAUCUCCGACAAACUACUUAUCAUCCUUUCUAAUAAAAAAAAUUCUUCAAUGGUUGGAGGUACUCCAGCAAUUAUCAA